AUGGCUUGCAGGUUGGGGCUCCCCCACGGCAGUUCCCUGCACAGAUGCAUGCUGGUCCUGACCUUCCUGCUCCUGCUGUGUGAGAUUGUUGUCAGCCGCCUCUGUGACUCCCUAAUCACCAUGGUGGACGUCUUCCACACCCUCUUCAUCCUCAUGCACAUGGCUCUUCCUCUUGCUCAACCCACCCUGGGCAGAGGCCCCCCAAAACCGCCACCUGCCUCCCCUCUCUCCACCUCCAUCACCUCCACCCCCACUCAGUCACCUGUCAAAUCUCCCCCAUAUGCCUUAACCAUCUCCUGUGUCUCCCCCAUCCCUUCCAGCUCAGCUUCCUGUCCCUCUCCUCCCCUCUCAACCCCUGUCCUCACCACCACUUCCCAGUUUCCCUCCAAACCUCUCACCCCUACAACCACCCAUUGUUUCUCCCCUGACCACUCUGAGUCCAACCAGCUAACCUCUUAUCCCCAUCCCACCCUGUCUGUUCCAGCCAACCCUUUUCCCCGACGCCUCCCCCCUCAGGCCUCCCUGUGUGGCCUGUCCUACAGCGAAGCGAGGGUCCAGCCCCUGGGGGCUCUGAUCUCAGCUCUCCUGCUGGCUGCCCUGUGUGUCUCUGUCUCUCUGGAUAUCCUCAGCCACACCCUGCAGCCCCACCCUAUACAGCGCCCUCUUUUGGCCACGGUGAUGGGGGUUGUCAGCCUGCUCUACAACCUCCUGGUGCUGGGGCUCAGCUGGGGUAGCUGGCUUGGGACCAAGACUAGAGCUGCCUGGGAGGGGGAGGAGAGAUCUGUCCUUGUCAAGGCCGAGGUCCAGACCAAAGACAGCACUGGAGUGGGUGGAGAGAAUGACCUCAGUAACCUCACUACAUCUCUGGAUGGUGCCUUCCAAGAUGGAACACUUGUACUCUGUAACCCUGGAACCUCCAGUGUCCUGAACCCUGACAGUGACUCUCAGCACCCACCCCAGACAUCCCUACUCCGUACCGUGGCCCCUCAGGGUCCCCUUUCAGACCACUGCCAUGGAGCACUCACACCCCCUGCAGACUCACACACACUCCCUGCAGACUGCAGAACUGCAGAGACACCAAACAACUUCCCAAAUCCAGAGGCCAGUGGCUGUCAUCCAAAGUACCCCAACUCUGAGGUGUCUAAGUGUGUGGGACACAGAGAUAAUCAGACAGACCCCACCACAGUCUCAGCCCUAAAGUCAGAAAGCCCCACAAGGCUCAAAGUUCAACUUCCCGCCUUUCUCCCAUCCCUCAUCACCCUCACCCAGGCACUGCUGGGCUCCAUCCUGGCCCUCACCAACGGGCUUACCCUGCUACUCCUGGGCCCAGACUGCCUGCAUGGCUCUGGGGCCUGUGGCCCCUUCAUCUACCUGGACCCUGGCUUCUCCAUGGUGGCUGUGGUGGUGCUGCUGGCCACCGCUCUGCCCCAGGUGUGCCGUUACGGUUGGCUGCUGCUCCAGGCCAGCCCAUCCCAGGUGUGUGUGUCUGAUCUGGGCCGGCGGAUCGCCAGUGUGCCAGGGGUGCAGGCGGUGCACGACCUCCACGUGUGGCAGCUGACAGAGAGCUGCCUGGUGGCGUCUGUACAUGUCCACUGCCACGCUGGGUUCCAGAUACACAGGUGUGGUGAUCUGAUGUCGGGGGUCACCAAGGUGUUACAGAGUGUAGGUGUGAGCUGCUGUACCGUACAACCAGAGUUCCUCCUCUCCACUCCCUCAGCCAACGGCAACAUGGAUAACAACAACACCAACCGCACCAUCAUCCAUAGGGAGAUUCCCCCACUGCCCUCACACCUGGCCUGCAGCCUGGCCUGUGGGAAGGGCUGUGUUGGGAGGAUGUGCUGUGCUCCUCUGGAGGAAGGGUCUACAGAGCCACUGGCACCCCCUGCUGGGGAAACUGAGGAGCCUCACGUGCUGAUCAUAGAGAACGCCUUUCUUUGA